GAUUGGCCAAUGGAACAACGCGGGUGCGGGUUACACUGACCAAUCGAGUAUGAGAUCCCGCCUACUACGAGCAAGCGAGCCAAUCAGCAGUUGUGUUGACAUCAGUGAGGGAUGGGCUACCGGAAUCUGAGAAAUGUUGCAUCAGAUUGACAUCUCGGUAAUUAUAAACAUGAAAUCAGGACUAUAAUCAGUUCGAAAUAAUAUAAAAUACUAUUUUAUAUGUCGGGUACCUUUACUUUGCACUUUUUUGACAACUCUUUUCUACAAUAUGCGCAGCUUUGCAACGCAGGUGUUUGUAAGGUGUUUGUUGUCCAUUUUAUUGACGCUAGCUUAAACAACUCUGCGAAAGUUUUCAUACCGGCUGUUUCAGAGUUAAGGUUGUCGCUCCCCGUAAAGUCAUUUUAUUUGAGUGUAUAUGUCUUGUUUUACGCUGUCACAAACGACAGAUCAUACGACAAUUAUAAAAAUAUCAGGGCUCCGUGCUAGGUCCGUAUACAGUUGUUUAUACCUCUAAACAGACAACAAGCUAACUGUUAGCAUCAAAACAAUUAUGGCCAAACAUGCGGUUUUAUCAUCGGGGGCAAAAAUGUGGAGACGUCUCCCUUGUGUGAAGUCAGAGCUGCGUCUGGACCUCACUCUGGCCUGUGGACAAUCUUUCCGCUGGAGAGAAACUGCAGAAGGCCACUGGACCGGGGUGAUGGGAGGACGAGUUUGGACUCUGACCCAAACAGAUGACUCUCUGUGGUACCACGUUUACAAAAACCAAGACAAUUGUGGUGAGGGAUGUGACAGGAAGAGGAAAGCCGGCACUGCUUUCCAAGUGGAGAACAAGCCAGAGAAGAGGUCCAGAGUUGCUGUGAAGAAGGAGGAGGAGGAACCGGUGCCUGUUACUUUAGCACAGGACACUGAGGAGGAAGAAGAGACACUGAGAGAUUACUUCCAGCUAAAUGUGAAGCUGGUGGAUCUGUACAGGGAAUGGGGAGCGGCAGACCCUCACUUCAAGCGUAUUGCAGACAUCUUCACAGGCGUGCGGAUGCUGCGCCAGGACCCUACUGAAUGCCUGUUUUCAAUCAUUUGUACCUCCAACAACCACAUUUCUCGCAUCCAGGGCAUGGUGGAGAGGCUGUGCCAGGCUCUGGGCGCUCCACUGUGCCAACUGGAUCAGACCUCAUACUACAACUUUCCUUCCCUGUCCGCUCUUGCAGACAACAGCGUAGAGGCCUGUCUCAGGGAUCUCGGUUUUGGAUACAGGGCUCGGUUCCUGCAGCAGAGUGCAAAGCAGAUUUUGGACACCCACGGGCUCCAGUGGCUUGAAGGCCUACGCGGUGCCCCAUACCUGCAGGCCCAUGAUGCUCUGCGUACACUCCCUGGUGUGGGCACAAAGGUGGCAAACUGUGUAUGUCUAAUGUCCCUGGACAAGGCAGCAGCUGUCCCUGUAGACACACACGUGUGGCAGAUUGCUAAACGUGACUACAACUACACUUCUGGCACCGCACAAAAGAGCAUCACAGACAAACUCCACAGAGACAUUGGGGACUUUUUCAGAAAGCUGUGGGGUCCUUACGCAGGCUGGGCACAGUCGGUGUUGUUCUGUGCGGACCUCAAGAAGUUCCAAAAGCUGAAAGAGAUGUCACUUUCGAAGCAACCCCAGAAAGAGGAACAUGUUAAAGAAGAAAUGGUGGUGGCGUGUGAAAAAACAAAAAUUAAAACGGAAGAAAAUAAAACUGUGAAGGACAUCAAAACCAAGGCAGCGCGUCACAAGAAAGCAAAGAGUUCUGUCUAGAAUGAGAGUGUUGUGAGGUAAACACACGCACAUCACUCAUGCUGUCCGUCUUCGUUUAAAAAAACUACUGGAAUGAAAUAUAUAAGAGAUUUAUUUGCCAAGAACAGUUUUGUAAAACAAAACACUGUAUUGUGUAAAAAGAAAAGGCUCAGGGAUUUUGUUUACGUUCUGUAUGUUGAUGAAGAUUCUCAGUCUUCCAGGCAAUUCUAAGUGAUGUAUCGCAGGCAGCUGGACUCAUUUCUGUUUCAGUGGUGGUUUGCCAAUCCUCUGCCGAUGGUGAUCGUCACAGAGUGAAGCAUCUCCGCCUUAAAGACGCUGUAUAAUUCACACAAGAACCAGCAAUGUGGCUCCCUAAGAGGGGUGAUGGUACACGUCAUGUUUUCAAGGUGUUUCCCCGGUGUCCCCCCUGUCAAUCUAAACCUACGGACAGUUUAUAAUCAUAUGGAUGCUGUUAUAAUUUGUUGUGAUUGAGAUCCUGACCCACCAAACAUUCUGGAAAGUGACAAAUUUACGUUUUUUGCACUGAAUUACAUAAUUAAGACGGGUGGGAGGACAGACAGGAUGACGGACGCUUCUCCAUGUACAGCUGUGGUAUUUUUUUCACUCAUAUAAGUUGCCAACGACAGGUACAGUUACUAUGUUACUUUUGUUUGGUCAUGUAACGUUUUGUGGGUGAGGGACCUGUCAGACCAACACACCCUCUUUACGCAAAGCCAGCUUAUCCAUUCACACUGGUUUGGUUCGCCAAUAAUGCAGCCCUGAUACUACCUCCAGAGGCAGAUCAGCGCCGGAGCGAAAUUUCACCCCUCGCUGCCUCUGAGAGAUUCACAUUGAGACGGAGCUGGGGCAUUGGCGCACUAACCACGCAUCCAAAAGCCAGUGUAAAUAGGGUUACUAACUGGAGGGGAUUUGCAGGCUUUUAAACCCUGUGGGGGAGUGUCCUUAAAGAGUCGUUUCAGAGACGUUAGGGCCACUUGUGGGUUGUUGACCCAACCGGCCUUCAUAUGGGUUGUUAGGGCUAGAUGAGCCCAGGUGUGAAUAGACAUUAAGUUAUCUGGGGAGGGAACUCAGUAGUGCAUUGUAGGUGGGGUGAUAAGUAAUGUCAUAGGCCACCUCCUCUGUUCAAAGACGGUCGUUAGAGUUUGACAUAGAUGGAUUCUUUUACUCCUCUUUCAAGCCAUCUGUCUUCUCUGGCCAAGAUGUGUGCAGGAAUGAUUUUUCUCGAUCAGAUGUAAGUCGUCAGGAUUCUGUUUGUACUACAAUAAAAAUAUCUCACAUUUUG